AUGGCGGCGCACAGCCAGCUUUCUCUUCGAUCCUGUGCUUCUCUGGUCUUCUGGAUUGCACUGGCUCUCGUUCAGGUUCCCCUUGCUUUGUGUGGUCCUGCCCACAUUCACGAUACUUCGCCACGAGCUGCCUUUGUCUCGCUGGUCUCAGAGCAGCAAAAGGAGCAGAUGGUAGCCUCUGUUGCACAGCUCGAGCAGCGAUUCAAUCACAAGUACCGCUACGACUGGGUAUUCUUCAGCCACGAGGAGCUUAGCGAAGAGUUCAAAGACGCUACCUCCAACGCCACUGCCUCGACUGUCACCUACAACUUGAUCCCUCAACAGCACUGGACAAUCCCGAGCUCUGUUGACCCCGGCCGCUUCGAGGCUGGUCUGGGAGUGAACGCCGACAAAACCCUCAUCAAGACUGCCCAUCACAGGCGUCGCUGGUCUGCUGGACUCUUUGCCCGAGAGAAGCGUCUUCAGGCCUACGAAUGGUUCUGGAUGGUCGAGCCUGGCACCAAGUUCCUCUGCGACAUUACAGUCGAUGUCUUCCGUCUCAUGCGAGACCGCGGAAUCGCCUACGGAGUCAACGAGGUUUCUUUCGAGGGUGCCGCUGACUCUGAGCUCCUCUGGAAGAGUACUAAAUCCUUCAUGGACACGCAUCCCGACAUGGUUCGACCCACUGCCGAUAUCACCUGGAUCCUAGGCAACAGUACCAAAGCCAACAAGCCUACUCGCUCAUCAGACUACUACGUGGAUGGGACUGAAGAUAUGGAGAGCUCCUACCUGGGCUUGGAGGAUGAGGGCUGCAGGGCCAUCAGACAGGGUGACAUGCCUCCCGGCGUUUUCCUUGAAGCUGAUCCUCAGCAGUGCGAGCCAAACACGGUUGCCGAUGCCUUUACUACUCGGCUUGCUGCGAGCUACGACCAGUGUGACAUGGACACCCCUAUUGAGAUUGGCAAUCUCAACCACUUCCGCGGACCUGAGCACAGCUCCUACUUUGACUAUCUCGACAAUGCCGGCGAGUUCUACUACGGAAAUACCAGCAACGUUCCUGUCCACUCUCUGAGUGCCAGCAUGUUCCUCCCACGCGACAAGUUCUGGCUCCUCGGUGACAUGGUUUGCAAGAUGCAUGGUCUCCACAGCUGCCCUCCGAUGCCUCACCCGACCUUCAACUCCAACCUGCAGACCGGGAGUAAUCCCAAUGACCUGGCCGAGGUAGUCGAAGCUUCUUGGUUCAGUGCCUGUAAGGACAACCAAGUCUUGCUCAUCCACCGCGUCUGGGAGAGAAUUGCGUCCGAUAUGGCCCGCCAGAGAGGUAUUCCAGCAGCCCAGCUCGGGCACACUGCCCUCGAUGAACGUAACUUCAAGCUCUACAAGCCCGAGAGAUACCCAGUCGAUGUCACACUGACUUGGUACUCUCUGGAGGAUAGCUGGCGUUCCUGGUCUUGCGAUCGCCUCAAGUGGUUCCUUGGGGUGUUGGGAUGGUAAACUUUUGACAUGAAAAUCAGAAUUAGCCCCUAGGGCAGGGGCUUGCAUGGAGAGCCGGAGACGACGCUUCCAAGCAGCAGGGCAAGGGGGUUCAGACUUGGGAUUUCACUUGUUUCGCGGUACAAUUCAACCUACACAGCUUCUAUCAGUACCAGAGAGCCAUCCUCAAAGAAUGACUGAUGAUUCAUACCUAACGUUUUCGCCUGAACUGCCUGAAGUAACCACUCCACUUGG